AUGAUUCAUGCUCAUAGCCAUCCAGAGUUCUACUGGGAGUGCUCGCUAUGCAACGACUCGCCUCAAUUCAAUUCGAUCAACUCGCUCAAAGGCCAUCUUACCGACCUACACGAAGGAUCAAUCAGAAGCACAUCAGCCUUUCUUCAGACGUGCUCAAACCCAAAGCUUUUGGGAGGUAUGAGUUGUCCUCUAUGCUCUUUCACUGGGACUCUGGACGACAUAUCUGGAUCGCAGCUUCUGAAUCACGUCGCUGAACACAUACGUUCAUUCUCUCUGAGCUCACUUCCGUUGCCCCACAGUGAAGGGGAUAGAAUUAUUAACGCGUACUUUGAGACCAACGCUUAUUUCGCUGAUAGCGAUCGGGACUCUGUAACGGUUUCAGGAAGUUCCAUCUCAGAGAAUGAAGGUGCUACUUGGUCAACCUCAGAUGGUUCCCUCAAGAGCGACAUCAGCAAAAACGAGUUGGAAGACUCCAAGAGCAAGAGAACGGACAUCGCUCCUGUGGUUGAAGGUGAAAAUUUGAUGCAGCCGCGUUCUCAGCCACUCACGACACUUGCUCCUAGAUGGGCGGAAGCCUUGGUCCCGCUGGGCAGGAUGUACAGUUACAAACGUAUUCCUGGCAACCAAGUCCGUCUUCUAGUCGUUAAGCCGGGAGCCUUCGAUGAGAAAAUCAACGCUUCGUUUCUGGCCGUUAGCGAUGAUGACCUCGGAAGCCAAAAUUACAGGUACUCGGCCCUUUCCUACAACUGGGACGAUGGCGCAGACUACAGUAGCAUCAUCAUCCAGGAAGACCUAGCCUCGCCUCAUGUUCAGUCUAUGGAAAAAUCGACUGAAGUACUCAGACCGGCUGUAGACAAGGUGCUCAGGAUCAAACCAAAUCUCUAUGAAGCUCUUAGACAUUUGCGACAAGCAGACAUGAUUCUCGGACUUUGGGUGGAUGCAGUAUGUAUCAAUCAAGACGACGCCAAAGAAAAGGGAGAGCAAGUGCUCAAGAUUGCUGAAAUCUAUCGCAAAGCCUAUAAUGUGAACGUAUGGCUUGGGUCCGACAAUCCUGGUGGUCACAUCCCCAACAAAGCCAUGACCUUCAUUCCCAAGAUCGUUAAUCCGGCCACCCACUGGGAUACCCCCGCCGAUGACGCUUAUGUAGAAGAAUGGGCAAGCGUGUACGAACUUCUCAAGCGGAGCUGGUUCUCACGGCGCUGGGCUAUACAGGACCUAGCAUUCGCGCAAUCUGGUUCAGUACACUGUGGCAAGCAGGUGCUGGACUGGAGAGACUUGCAGAUUGCCAUCGGCAUCUUUGACCGAAACUUCGAUAUCCAGAAGGCUCGGCUCACGAUGCAUUAUGAAUCCACUCAGGUCAAGGGCAGUCACCCGAACGGGGAUCCAACCCUGGAGAUGGGGCACCUAGGCGCUAAGUUAUUGGUGGACAUGAAAUCAACAUUAAUUCACAAAGGACCGGACGGCACCCUGGUUCCCACCCAAGGGCUGGAGAGCCUCGUCUGUUCUUCAUCGGGGUUGGACACAUCUGAUCCACGCGAUACCAUCAAUGCGCUCAGAAGUAUAUCGAAAGAAGCGUAUUGGCCAGAGUCGCGUCAGGAAGCAUCUCGGCCUCCUCCUGUUCCCGAUUAUAACAAGGAUCUUUUUGAGAUAUACCGGGACUUCGUCAAAUGGGUUGUAGACACGACGGGAUCCAUCGACAUAAUCUGUCGCCACUGGGCAUUGAGGGAACGCCAGGAACCAACUCCAACAACUCCUCGGCUAGUUCAACUACCUUCCUGGAUCCUAUUCGUGGAAGACUCUGCCUGGGGAAAGGGCGAAGGUCUGUUUCGCGGUCGAAAUGUUAGCGACAGCUUUGUCGGGUUACCCGGUAGUAACAACUACAACGCUUGCGGUAGGCAAAACAAGCAAGCCCGUGUCAAGUUCCCUCAAAGUCCUGUACAUCAAAACCCUGAGAUUCCAGACAAGCUGUGGCAAACGCUCGUGGCAGACCGCGAUCCGCAGGGCAACCCACCCCCUCUUUGGUACAAGAAAGCAUGUCAACAUUGUCUUACCUACCAGACAAAUAAUGGACACCUCAACAUUAACACGAUUCUACGUGGGAAACUUCAAGGCGGCCCCACUAACAUUGUGUACGACUACCUUUGUCGCGUCCGUGCUGUCACCCGGGACCGAUCCUUCCUUAGAGGCGACCCCAUUUCUAGUGCCACCACCAAUACCCGCGACUUCGACCAGGAAGAACUCGUUGGCUUUGGACCACCUAGAACCGAGAAAGGGGAUGCGAUUGCUAUCUUGUAUGGCUGCAGCGUUCCCGUCAUCCUCCGACCCACUCAAAAUGGCUCUGGUGAGCAUCUUGGGUACCUGUUCGUCGGCGAAGCUUACAUCUACGGUAAAAUGUACGGUGAGGCUUUUGAGGUUGAUUGCGUGGAGAAGACCUUCAAGUUGCUUUAA